AUGCUGCCGGAUCGCAUCGUCCCUAGAUACCAGGAAAGCCAAGCGUCAUCGCUCCUUCUACUCCACUGGCCUCAACCUCCGCGGAAUAUUCUCCUGAUUCCCAAGUUGCAUGCGCCUCAGGUCACCCUCUCUGCCGUCGCCUUCGCCAAGCACCUGCACAGCAACUACCCGGACCUAAAUCUCGUUUUCGAGAGCCGCAUCGCCAACGCCAUUCACGAAAGCCUACCGUUCCCCAUCUACACGGCCAGCGAUGCCAGCAGCACCCAUAGCUUCCCCAACAAGAUUGACCUCGUCACCACCCUCGGAGGCGAUGGCACCAUUUUGCGCGCCGCUAGCCUCUUCUCCCUGCAGGCCAGCGUCCCACCGAUACUAUCCUUUAGCAUGGGCUCCGUUGGCUUCCUGGGCGAGUGGAAGUUUGACGAGUACAAGCGCGCCUGGAGGGAGGUCUACAUGAGCGGCAGCGGCGUCGCCGUAGAGGAUUUGUAUGCACCCCACACCCAGACGGCCGCCUCGGGUCACGGACCUGACGCGGCUGUGUCACGCAUCGGCGAGGAUGCCUCACCAGUGAGACCACCCUGGGGCUGGGAGCGCAGCCCGGGCAAGUCCAUGGGACCUAGCCGGACAUCCAAGAUGCUGCUCCGUCACCGCCUCAAGGUCGGUGUCUAUGACGAGCACGGCGUCAACAUCAACAGCCAGCUCAUCCCCACCUCGACGGCUCAGCCCGGGUACAGCCAGGCGCCGCCAUCCCUGUCCUCGCAAGGAGUCUCUUCCCCGCAGCCACCACUCAACGCUGGCGCCCCGCCUGCCAUACAUGCCAUCAACGAGCUGCUUAUCCAUCGCGGACCACACCCGCACCUUGCCAUUAUCGACAUCUAUCUCAACAACCAUUUCCUGACCGAGGCUGUCGCCGACGGCAUCCUGAUCAGCACCCCGACGGGCUCGACAGCCUACAGUCUCAGCGCAGGCGGCUCCAUCAUCCACCCGCUCGUAGGCUCGCUUCUAAUCACGCCCAUUUGCCCGCGAAGCCUCAGCUUCCGGCCGCUCGUUCUGCCCCUCAACACAAAGGUCUCGUUGCGCUUGAGCGACAAGAACCGCGGCCGUGAGCUCGAGGUUAGCAUCGACGGCAAGCGCCGGGCAGGCGUCGGUAUCGGCAUGGAAGUCCACGUCGAGGGCGAAGCUGUCGGCCGCUCCGCCGACGGCACCUGGAAGGGCGGCGUGCCCUGCGUCAUCCGCGCCCCUGGCAAGGAGGUUGAGGGCGUCGCCGACGACGACGACGGCUGGGUGGGUGGCCUAAAUGGUCUGCUCAAGUUCAAUUACCCACUAACGGAGAAGCUGGCCAUCAUUGGUCUGAACUAG